AUGCCACAUGGCGUUAUUGGUGCUUAUGGGGACCGUUGGAACAAGUCCAACAAUCCUGAACUUGUUUUUUUCGAGACCCUCUAUGCUCUUAGAUUCAGUUUCACCCUGCCAGCUGCAAUCGACCAGUUUCAGUGGCAGAAGAGGCCACAUGAUCUUCCUGUAGGGCUCAUGGGCAGAAGUAUGCGGUGGUGCUUCUUCUUGCUCUGGGCACAGGGGCUGAGGCAGGCUUCCGAAGCUGUCAUAGGAGGAAAUAUGGCAGGUAGAAUAUUAACGACGGGAAACAUUUCUGCAGAGGAAGGUAGCUCUGUAACCUUCCACUGUCACUUAUGUUAUACCAAUGCCAGUGUGACUCAGGUCCAGUGGGAGCUGGGAGACCAACUCCUGGCAAAUCAUAAUGCUAAGCAGGGGUGGUACAUCCACACCAGAUUCAGUGAUCGAGUGACUACAGGCCACAACAUGGACAUCACUCUCCAGUCAUUGACCAAGAAUGACACAGGGGAAUAUUCCUGCAAAUUUUACACAUACCCUGAUGGACUUUACAAAGAGAAAUUCUUUCUGGAAGUCAAACAAAACUCAGUGCCUAAGUACAACACUAUGUUUCAGAUGUCAUUGCUUGGAACCCUGGCCACAUUGCUGAUUGUCAUCUGCACAGUAGUUGUGGUGGUAGUUGUACGGAUUAUAAAGAACAAGUUGCUCAGAAAACAUUCUGAUGUGAAUGGUCUCAGGAGGACAACAUCUGAACAGGCACACCAGAGACCCAGCAGUCUUUCAAUUCCUGGAAACUAUGUCCCUGAUGGAUUCUGUAGAGAGCAGGGGGAAGAGGACUAUGCUGAGCCACAUGACUACUUUAAUGUCCUAAGCUAUAGAAGUCUUGGGAGUUUCAGCUUCCUGGCAGAGACUAGUUAG